AACAAACUUUUAACGAACUGAAAACCCUAAUCUCACUUACCUAAGCCAGCGUCCGCCUCUCCUCUUCUCUUCUUCCCUUCUAUCUCGUAUCUGCUCUUCUCUUUGGAAACCAAUGAAACGGAGAAAGAAAAAUCGUACCAUCCUUUUAAUCUCAUCCCUUUUCGUCUGCCUCCCCGAUCUCUCACUCAAUCUACCAUAUUCCUCUCUCUUUUCUUUUGGAAAUCGAUGAGAAGGAACCAAAUGGAAGGCAUCGAUGUAGAGGGUGACGACGACGAUCGACACCGGCAGAGGUGGCCAUGACGGCGCCGGAGGUUGAAGAUUUCGUCGAAGGCGCCGACAAAGCAGAAUGGGGUUAUUCAGAUUCGGAGAAACACAAUCGAUUUGGUAACGUUCUUCCUCUAUUCCCAUCAAGCAGUGUACCGGUGGUUCAGAUCUAUGAUUUGGUAGAUCGAUCACCCUGUGUUUUCUUUUGAAUCUCAUUCUCGAGGAUUUUGAUCGGAUUCUAGACCCCUUUGAUAUUUUUUUCUGGGGUUUCAAUGGAGGGGAGAAGAGUAGUCCCCGGUGGUGAUGGGGAACUGGCGCCACAAGAUGCAUAUCGUCGAUCUCGAUGAUGACGAUGAUUCGACCGAGGAGAGGGCCGUGGUUGGCCAUUGAAGAAGGAGGAAGAAAUCGCAAAGGGCAGCGGCAGUGGGUGGGAGAGGAAGCGACAUAGAUUUUUUCUUUUAUUUCUUAAUUAAUAAUUUUAAUUAAUAAUGUAUUAUGAUAUUUUAAUAAAUGUAUAUAGUAAGUUGUGCACAAUAAAUUGUCAUUGAAUAAUAUUUUGUUGA